AUGAAGAUCCAAGCGGACAAACAUCGUCGAGAUGUACAGUUCACCGUGGGUGACCAAGUUCUCGUCAAACUGCAGCCGUACCGUCAGAAAUCCGUUCGGAAUCAAUCCUUCUCCAAGCUCUGCCGCCGCUAUUACGGCCCGUUUCCGGUGACUGAACGCGUGGGUGCAGUAGCCUACCGUCUCUCCUUGCCCGCCGGUUCGCGAAUCCACCCGGUGUUCCACGUUUCCCUCUUGAAACCGUAUCGGCAAAAUGCGUUCUUUCACCCGUUGCUACUGCCAACCGUGACAUGGGAUAAUCACCCUGUGACCGAACCCAUGGCACUCCUGCGUUCCAGGACCAUUCCCAAGGGAAAAGCUACUGACUUUCAAGUGCUUGUGCAGUGGAGUGGGCUUUCCCUCGAAGAUGCUUCUUGGGUGUCUUUAACCGAGUUUGCUCAGGCCUUUCCUCACUUCGAUCUUGAGGGCAAGCUCGAAUCUUUAAGGAAGGGGGGAAUUGAUACGCACCCUGAACCAGAGAUAGAAGAAGGAAGCGGUGAUAUUGAGAUAGAAGAGGUAGUGACGGUGGAACCGACAUCAGAGCAGAGGAAAGAAGCUCCUAGAAGAGGGAGCAGGUUGAAAGUGCGCUCCAAGUGGAUCAACGAUUACCACUUGGAAUGA